AUGUCGGCCAACGCUCAGAAGCCCCUCCCCUUCCAAUACCAGUUCGCCGCCGGUGCGGUGGCUGGUGUGUCUGAGCCGCCCAUAUCAAUCCCGACACCAACCCACCUACGCACCCCAACCCUCAAAUCAAACCCAAACCUAACCACGAAUGCAAAUAGCGCAUCCCGUCUGUACCGCGGCAUCUCCGCCCCGAUCCUCAUGGAAGCGCCCAAGCGCGCGACCAAAUUCGCCGCAAACGACAGCUGGGGAUCCUUCUACCGGGGCCUCUUCGGCGUCGACAAGCAAACACAAUCUUUGGCCGUCCUGACCGGCGCAACGGCCGGAGCGACCGAAUCCUUCGUCGUGGUCCCCUUCGAGCUCGUCAAGAUCCGUCUGCAAGACCGCGCAUCCAAGUACAACGGCAUGCUGGACGUAGUCAAGAAGAUCGUGCAAACCGAGGGUCCUCUGGCUCUGUACAACGGUCUCGAAUCGACACUGUGGCGACACAUUCUCUGGAACGCCGGAUACUUCGGGUGUAUUUUCCAGGUCCGGGCGCAGUUGCCUAAGGUCGAGCCUGGCAACAAGACGCAGCAGACGCGGAACGACCUCAUCGCGGGUACGAUUGGUGGUACGGCGGGUACGAUUCUCAACACGCCGAUGGAUGUGGUGAAGUCGCGGAUUCAGAAUAGCCCUAAGGUGGCGGGACAGACACCCAAGUAUAACUGGGCUUGGCCGGCUGUGGGAACGGUCAUGAAGGAGGAGGGAUUCGGGGCGCUGUACAAGGGUUUCAUUCCUAAGGUGCUUCGGUUGGGUCCUGGUGGUGGUAUUUUGUUGGUUGUGUUUACGGGAGUCAUGGAUUUCUUCCGUACUAUGAGGGGUGAGAAUGUCUGA